AUGGUGGUCAUCCUGGUGUAUGUGGAUGAUUUGCUCAUCACAGGCAGCAAUGAACAACUGAUUACUGAGGCAAAGGAAAUACUCCACCAGCAAUUCAAGCUAAAGGACUUAGAUGAGCUCAGAUACUUCUUGGGCAUUGAAAUAUUAGGGUCAAACACGGGGGUAGUUUUGAAUCAAAGAAAGUAUGUCCUAGAACUCAUUUCUGAAAUGGGACUCAGUGGUGCCAAGCCAGCAAUCAUUCCUUUGGAGACCAACAUCAAGUUAACUACAAUUGCAUAUGAUCAGGGAGAAGGUUCUAUAGGUGACUCACCUUUAGAAGAUUUUAGUGCAUAUCAAAGAUUGAUUGGUCGUUUGAUGUAUGUGACUACAACAAGACCUGAUAUUAGCUAUGCUAUUCACACCUUGAGCCAGUUCAUGCAGCACCCUAAGAAGUCCCACAGGGAGGCUGCUCUUAGAGUUAGAUAUCUGAAGAAUGCUCCAGGCCAAGGUAUUUGGCUGAGAUCUGGUCCUGCAUCAGAGUUACAAUAUUUGUGUGAUUCUGAUUGGGCAGCUUGCCCUAAUACUUGGAGAUCACUAACAGGCUAUGUGGUAAAUUUGGCGAUUCUCUCAUUUCAUGGAAGUCAAAGAAGCAACAAACAUUCUCCAGAAGUUCAGCUGAAGCUGAAUUUCGUAGCAUGGUUUCAGUUGUAG